AUGGUCGUCAAGAUUUUCCUCUCACUGACUCCCAAGGAGCUUGGGACUUGCUCGUGCGUCUGUAGACAGUGGAGGGAGGUGGCGUGCAGCGAUGCUGUAUGGGAGACACAGUGCCGGAGAAGAGGCUGGACCAGCGAGCACAGAGCAUGGAGCAACGAGCUUCGGACCCUGUACGACAGGUACAGGGACCUAGCAGGGAGAAGGGUCUUUGCGUGGGGGAGCGGCGAGUAUGGGCAGAUCGGGCUGGUGGACGAGAAGGGGAGGGAGGUGACAAGCAGGCAGCCGAUGGAGGUGAAGCGACUUGCGGGGAUGGGGAUCGUUCUCGUCGCCUGCGGGUCAGCACACUCGAGUUGCCUGGCUGCUUGCGGCAGAAUUUGGACGUGGGGAUGUGGCAAGUACGGGAGGCUGGGGCAUGGAGGAGAGAAAAACGAGCCGCAACCACGGGAGGUCUCUUCUCUUCCUCAUAGAGCCUUCCUGGUGGCAUGCGGAGGGUCACAUACCGUAGCAUCUGUGUACGACCAAGAGCAUGGAAGAGUUGAGCUGUACGCGUGGGGAUCAAACAUGUACGGGGAGUGUGGAACCAGCGAUCAUUUGAAGAAUAAUGAUAUUCCGCAAUAUGACGAGAGCUCGACAACAAGAUUGUUCACAAGAAGAAAGAUCAACCUUGUAUCAGCAGGAUCUGUUCACAGCGCAGCCAUCUGUUGUGAUGGGGAGGUGUAUACCUUCGGUCGAGACUGCAUGCCGAAGUUGAAGGGAGGAGGAGGAAGACUGGGGCACGGGAGGCAUCUAUCCUUGCACGGAAUUCGUGAUGAGGUGGAGUAG